AUGAAAUCCAAGAAGAAGUUGGUCUUGCGCGUCUACGGCCUCCCCAGUCACUGUAAUUUAGCUGAUCUGAAGACGUUUUUCCAAAAUUAUGGACCCGUCAAGCACUUGUUGGUGGCCAAAGGACGAACCUCGGCUGCGCUCGAGUUUGUGAAGCCUGAACAUGCCCAGCGCUUCCUGAACUUCAAGACAAUCCGCUUUGGAGAGGCAAGUUUUCCAGCUGAUGUCGGUGAUCUCAAGAAUAACACAAUUUCUGGUUCGUUUUUGGUUUAUUGCUUUGGUUUUUAGGAUGUCUUGGAAAUUCAUGAGUCCGACUACGAGUUCACCGUGUCCAAGCGCUACAUUCUGCGGAAGUUGAUUGAGGAAUUUGGCAAAGAAGGAAAGCCUUUGGUCUUUGAAGAAGAAGUUCAAUUAAUCCGCGAAAAAGUCGGUCUGAAACCUGAAGCUGUAAGUAAUUUUUGUUCUUUAUGAUGUUCUGAUGUUUAGGUCCGCGAAAGGCUUGAUUUUGUCCAAAGACUCAACAAUUAUAUCCAACAGUUCUUCACGGAAGAGGUUGAAGUGAAACCAUUUGGCUCGACCUUGACCGGAUUUGGCUUGAUGGAUGCGGAUUUGGUAUGUUGUGACCCAUUCUUUUAUUUUCUUUCUGUUUUUAGGACUUAACCUUCAUUACCGAUCCGAAUGUGCCGUUCCAACCAACUGAUGUUAGUGGUUUAGAUCUCAAGGCUAUGGAUCUUGAUGAGUUGAAGUCCAGAAAGCUCCGAACUCUCGAAUGGAGAUGUAUUCAGACUAAUGGUAGGGAUAUUUCUCUUUUUUAAGAUCAAUAUAUAUGAUUUUGACAUCAAUUUUUUUCUUCAUGAUGUCUAAUAUAAUAUCGUUUAGUUCGAGUGGAAUUCCUCGCCCGAUUGUUGAAGCAAUAUGAAGCCGAGAGCGGUGAAGUCUCGGACGUCAAUUUCAUAACUUCAGUUCGAGUUCCUUUGCUCACGUUCAUGCACCAUCACGUCGCCUGUGAUCUCUCCAUUACCAAUGUGCUCGGAGUCAAAAAAGCCGAACUUUUGCAACUUACAACUCAAGAUUAUCCUGGUAAGUGGUUUUGAAUAUAUUUUUGAUUUCUCAUGUUUAGAGCUGACCAAUCUUUUGUACUUUUUCCGGCUAUGGGCGCGGUGCGCGGGCCUCUUCAAAUCCAAUGAACACCCGACCGGAGUCUUCUCGUCCUACGCGUUCUCCUUGAUUUUCCUGUGCUAUUGUCAAUAUGCGAAGGUGCUGGGACCACUGGACGGGAAUGAUAUCGUAAAUGGAGUUGCUGACGGGACGAAAUUGACCUUUAUCGGAGGAAAUCCCGGAAAUAUCAAGGAUUUUGUGAUUGUAAGUGAAAAUCUUUGGAAAUUUUUGGGUAAAAUACGUGUCUUCUUGCUCUUGUAUGAUUUUCUAGGCAUUUCAAGCCUUUGGUGGGGUUUUGAGAUACAUUUACGACCAUUUUUUAUUCUUUUUUGCCUAGUAUAAUAUAAUUUUGUCGAAUUUUCAGGGAUUUUUCGAGUUUUGCCUGGAAGUUUACAAAACCCCGAAUGUUCUUUGCCCAAAUAACGCUACAAUCGUUCCGUUGGACCAGUUCCAGACCCCAGCCUCCUUCUACAGCCACGGUUUCAAGGUCAGUCAGGUCUCCAAUCUCCAAGACCCAAUUGAAAUCACCCACAAUGUAACUCAAUCACUGAACAAGGAGUUCUUGGACAAGUUCCUAGACCGUGCCAGAGAUGCGGUGGAGGCGUUGCGAAACCUGGAAGGCGAUUUUGGACUGGCCAAAGAACUCUUGAAUUGUUUGGCCAGAAGAAGCUCGAGAGUUGUGAGCCCGGAGCUGGAGAAAAUGUGCAUUGAUGGAUAG